AGAACAGGGCAAACAGGGCGCCUGGUUUGCUGUUCCCAGCUGGUUAAGAGGCCUACGUUGCCUCCCAGGGGCCGCUGCUGACGGCCAGCUGGAGUAGCCCCGGCCACUCACUCUCCGUCAGCUCUGGCGCUGCCUGGUGUUUGUUUCUCCUCCUGCUGCUUUGGCCACACAGCCUCUCCUGCCCUGCCAGACUGAAAGCCGUGACACCGGGACACGCUUGUCUGAGUCACUGCUGUGUCCCCUGUCCUGAGUAAACAGCCCCUCAAUCCAGGAGCGCCAGAUCCUGCUUCGAGGCAGGGCUCGAUCCUUGGAUCCCCUCAGGCACAGAGACCAUGACCUAGGCAGCAGUGGGGGAGCACGCCCCUCACAGUUCUGUGCACACAAUAGGUUCUCGGAGGGGGUGUGGGCAGGGAAAUCAGCCAGCCCCUGACAGGAGGCCCCCCAGAUGCACAGGCAUGCACACGCCCCCAGAUGUACACACAGGGAUCCUGACAGUGGCAUGGAGUGUUCCAGAAUACCUCAUGACUCCACGCCUGUGUCCCUGGUGCCCGUGGUCCUCUGGAGCUGGCCGGCCCAGUGACCGUGGUCUCCCAUCAAGGCCUUAUCUCCUGGGUCCAGGCCCCAUCGGCAGAUGUGUGCGCGGCCCCACGUGGCCUCCUGGAGCAGUCGAUAAGGUAGGAGAGGAAGUGAGAACAGGAAACGGGGACAAUGUUCCAUCAGGGUUGAGCCCCGCUGCCCAGCGCGGCCACCUGCUCACCAAGCACCCCGAACCGAUGCUCCCCUCCUGCUGCUCCCCUCCUGCUCCUCUCCCCGCUCCCCUGCCGGGCGUCCUGGGCCUCUGCCCAGCUGAUCGCAUCACACUGUGUCCAGAUCUGCUCUGCGGGCCCCUGAGUAGGCCGAGGCGUGUGGUCCCAAGUGGGGUGUGGAGCUCUGGAAGUCAGGCACCAAGCCGGGAAAGUGGAGCAGCCCCCACGUCACCAGGGCCCCCUUAACUGUGCUGCAGACUAGGGCUCCGGGGAACACCACAUGUGAGGAAGGACGCCUGCUUUCUCCCAAAACACGCGCACUUGCAUGCACACACACGCUCACACAGCAGCAGGGUCCCGAGCUGGGCCAGCGCCAGGGCUGUGGGCCUGCGGGGCUCCCCGAGCUCCGAACAAACACGCCCUCAGCUCCCACCUCCCACGUGCUCGAGGCUGCUCAGAGCAGGCCCAGCCUCCCCGGACCUGCGUUCUGGUCACCACAGUGGACAAAGACCCAUAUGAGCCUGUGCCACCCCAUCUCCACCUGACACCCCACCUCUGCCCAGGACUCGCAGCUUCAGCCAUGGGGCUGCAGGAUGGGCGAAGCUGGGGCUGCUCCUGUCACCUGCGCUUUCCCUGACAAAGCAGAACCGAGCCAGGGGGGCCUCAGUUGCCCUCUGGGCUCCGGGUGGGCCAGGGUCCCUCUGCCCUGGAGAGUGACCCGUGAGCAGAGGCCGAGUCCCCGUCAGCGGGGCCCUUUCCCUGUGUCCGCCCCAGCCGCUCUGUUUACCCUGCGUGCUGGCCCACUGCGCCCCACAUCGAUCCUACUCGGCUGCCCUUCUUUCCCUCCAAUCUCCCUGUUAGUUCAGCCCCAGAAACCCCUUAUCACCGCCGGAUGCCGGGCCUUGGCCGCCUGGCCUAAUAGACUCCCCAUAAAUUGAUUUGCCCUGCCCCAGCGAAACUGAGUUGGCCCUGCCCGUCAGCAGCAGUGAUUCCUGGAAGGGACCAUAAAUCACACUGUGUGUCCCCAGGGAGCGCAGGUCCUGCACUGGGGACACUGGAUUGGUGUGGAGGAGUCCAGGAGGGAGGAAGCCAGGGAGAGGGCUCUGUGGACCUCAGGAGCUGACCUCUCCCAGGUCCUGUCUUGGGGUGGCCACAGGGCCCCAGAGGUUCCCCCAACACUGGACACACUACUGGGAAAGAUGCUGUCCUGCACCCUAGUGGAGGUCAGCCUUGCGGGCUCUGAGGAUCUGAGGAGAAGGAGAGAGAGAACCUCAGGUCUCCUCCCCGGCUGCAGGUGUGUUUCCCGGGCCCAGCUCAUCCUCGGUGGCCUCUCUGUGACCUGCCACAGCCGUCCCGCCUGCAGUGCACAGGACAGAGCUGCCCCAGGCCAAGGGAGCCUACUGCCCGGGCCGGCUGGGCUGCACAGCACACUUCUGCACAGGGAAUGUGGCAACUCCUCAGAAGUUCAGCAUAGGCCAAGGUCCUGACUUCUCCAUUCCUGGAACCAAAUUUUUUAAAAGUUCAGCACAAAGGGGCCAGAGGGAGCAGCCACCUGCGCCCAGGUAGAGAUGGAGAGAGGUGGGAACAGGUGUGCACGUAAGAAGCCACACACGAGUAAGAACCACACACACGCGCAUCAGAGCAGGGUCACUCGUGAAGGCAGGAAGUGAAAACCACACCGUCUGCCAACUGGGUGUCCCUCAGGUAAAGCCGAGGGGGCGCGUCCAUCCUGUGAAAUAUUACUUGUCCAUGAAAUGGAGUUCUCACACAGGUACGUGUGAAUGGGACCUGCAGACCCCACGCACAGUGACAGCAGCCAGACGCCCAGGGCUAUGUGCUAUGUGGUCCUCUCAUUGCAGGAAAUGUGCCAGGUAGCGGAAUCCAUGGAGCCAGAGAGCAGAUUAGCAGUGGUCACAGGCUGCAGGGGUCUGGCUUGGGACACAGGGUGACAGCUAUCGGCUGAGGCUUGUCCUAGACGAUGAAAAUGGACUGUGGAUGUGGUCAUACCGCUGUGUGAGGACAGUACAAACCAGAAUUGCACACUUAGGUGUGGGAAUGGCUGAGCGGGAGAAUUCAUUCCAGGACCACUCUCGCACACCCCCAGGAGCGGGGAGGGGAAGAGAGAGGCAGCCUCGGUUCCCAUGAGCCCUGGUGCUUGUAUGCAUCUUUCCAUCCCAGUGUGUCGCCCCCUGGACCUGAUCCGCAGAAAGCCGGUGCCCAGGUUAUCAGGGCACCAGCGACGCUGCCCUGAGCUUUCCUGUUUACUCUCCUGAUCUGUCACCGUGCUCCUCCUCGGCUCUCAGGCGGCAGCUUGCUGCUCCUGGCUCGUCCUGUAGUCAAGGCAACCGAGGAGACGUCCACUCACACCCUCUGGGGUGGGAAGUCUUCCCAGGUGGGGGCCCAAGCAGAGUGGCGCCAGCAGAUUCAGCCCGGGGCCCCCCACCCGUUGUGAGGGCAGAGGGGCCAUACAUGGGCUGGGGUGCCCCCGGCAGUUCCCAUUGAGGGCCCCCGCUGCCUGGGGUGGCCGUGAAGAAAGGCCGGGUGCAGACGCCACCUGUUUGCUCUGGGCACUUGAUGAGGCCAGGCUGAGCCACUGUUCAAACAGACUCCCGCUCCGGGCCCCUGUGCCUGCUGGGGGGUGCCUGGGCGCCAGCUCCCACCUCUCCCCAAAGCUAGCCCAUGGCCCAGGCCUGUCCCCAGAGUGCCAUGCCCCGCGCUGGGCUCUGUGGCGGCCGCGUGCUGCCCCUGCUGCUGGCCUACAUCUGCUACCUGCUGCUCGGGGCCACCGUCUUCUGGCUGCUGGAGAAGCCAGCGGAGACCGAGUCCAGGGACCAGUUUCAGCUGGAGAAGCUGCACUUCCUGGGGAACUACACGUGCCUGGACCGGUGGGCCCUGGAGCAGUUUCUGCAGGUCAUCUUGGAAGCCUGGGUGAAAGGCGUGAACCCCCAAGGCAACUCCACCAACCCCAGCAACUGGGACUUCGGCAGCAGCUUCUUCUUUGCGGGCACGGUGGUCACCACCAUAGGAUACGGGAACCUGGCGCCCAGCACCAAGGCCGGCCGUGCCUUCUGUGUCUUCUAUGCCCUGGUGGGCAUCCCGCUCAACGUGGUGUUCCUCAACAGCCUGGGCAGGGGGCUGUGCACCCAACUGGCCACCCCGGAGAAGUGGAAGGAAUGGCCCCUGCGCUCCCAGCUCCUGCAGGUCCUGGGCCUGGGCCUGGGCCUGACCCUGGGGUCCCUGGCCAUCCUCGUCUUCCCGCCCAUGGCCUUCAGCCACGUGGAGGGCUGGAGCCUCAGCGAGGGCUUGUACUUCACCUUCAUCACUCUCAGCACCAUCGGCUUCGGGGACUACGUUGUGGGCAGGGACCCCAGCAAGCUCUAUGUCUCGGAGUACCGGAGUCUGGCCGCCCUCUGGAUCCUCCUGGCCCUGGCAUGGCUGGCGCUGCUCUUCUCCCUGGGCCCCGUGCUUCUGCACAGGUGCUCAAGACUCUGGCUGCUGGUCAGGGGCCGUGGCCUCCAGGAAGGGCCAGCCCCUGACCCCGCAGAGCUCCCCAGGCCUCCGAAGAGCCCCAUCUCUGCAUGAGGCUCUCCACUGGCCCAACAGACCCCCAGCCUCUCCAGCCCAGGCCAUCUGCCCUUGGGGUUUCCCCCUCCCAACUACCUGCUCCCCCGCUCCCGGAGCUCUGCAGAUGGGGCAGCGGGGAGCUGCAGGGACAGGGUCAGGCCAGGCGUGGUUUGACCUGCACCUGCUCCCAGAGUCCCUGCCCUCAGAAGUGACAUGGAAAAGUCACCGGGACUGGAUCCCUGUGGCCAGAGCCCCCUCCCCCACCCGGCACCUUAGACAGACAAAGGUGGUGGUUGCUGUCUUGCUGUCGAGGUGCACAGCAUGCAUCUGCCAAGACCCCCUAUGUGCCAGGUGCAGUGCCAGGUCUGGGGAUGCAGUGGGGCGCAUCCUGUCCUCCAUGAGCCUGCAGAGGGCAGUGGGACCCAGACAAAGCACCUUGGCAGCCUAGAGGGGCCUGUGCCUCAGUUACUCUGCUCCCAUCACUGAGACAAAGUACUCAACACCCAAAAUUAAAAAGGCAAAGCGUUGGUUAUUCAACUCACAGUUUGUGGAGGUUUCAGUUUAUAAUCUGCUGGGUCCAAAGCAGGGUGGCUCAUGGCACAGGGCUACAGUUCAUGGUGACACAAAGCAGCAAAAGCAACCACAGCAAAAAGGGAGAAGGAACAAGCAAGCCUCUUCCCUUCCCUUCCAUCAUAUGUGGGCUCCCGGCCCUAGGACACACCCAUGUGCCCCACUCACACCCAUGAUCCCAGCACUAGACAAUGAAUGCAUCACAAACUAGAUGUCCGCACCAUGACUACAUGAGGCUUUGGGAGGACAUCCAGACACAAACAUUAACAGGCUGGAAGCGAAGACUUGAACAAGAGUCCAUGGUAAAUGCAGUGCUGAGUCCAGAAUCUUCGGACACCAGGAAUCUUACCCGGAAUCUUCGGACACCAGGGGCUGAGCGUACAGCUGCAGCUUCAGACAUGGGGAAGGGCUAAAAGCAGGUGUGGAUGAAGGACACAAAGGUCACUGAUGGUCCCAAACAAAUGUGGCUUGGUUCUGAUCCACCUGCUGGCUCCUUAAAGACCGGUCUCUGAGAGCUCACCCUACUUCACCUAGGGAGAAACACUGCCAGGCUAAGAGCUGCUACCCUGACAGAAUUUAACCUCUCAUUGGCUCUCUGUUGGCAUGAGAAGUUACCAAAGGCUGAAGGGAGGGAGAAAUGGGAGAGAUUACUUAGUUUGUUGGGGGGAAAUAAAAAUGUCCUUGCAUCAGUGAUAAUGGUUGCAUAAUUCAUGACUGUAAGAAAACUUCAAAUAGUGAACUUUAUCUUACGUGAAUUUUAUGCCAGUUUUUAAGAGAAAAAAAGGCUCAAAUUUGCUGGUACAGCUGAGCACUUGAGAGGAGACCAUACACAGCUCCGCCCAAGAAACAUUUCCAUGGCCGGCGCAGGCAGCAGAGGCCUCCAACAUGCCUCCUCUCCUCCUGAUCAGGGCGGGCUCCUCUGCUCAGCAACCUUCUCCCAUUGGCUGUGCCCCUGCCACUCUGAGGACAGGGCCUCCCAGGCACUGCAGCAAGGGCAGGCGGAGACAAGCGGUUUUGUUUUUUGUUUUUGUUUUUGUUUUUUUGUGUUUUUUGUAAACUUCCAGUUAGGGAUGCAGCCCCACAAGCCUGCUUCUCACAUUUCUGCCUUGGAACAGGGCCAUGGUUGGAGAGAAAGGACAGCGGCUGGCACUGGGGCGUCUGGCUUGCAGCCCCAGCUUCUGCCCAUGUCCUUCCCAGGUAACCCUGGGUCACAGGUGUCUGGACCCAGAGGCGUGGCCCACCCUUCAGGCGGCUCCCGAACAAUAUUGAUACAAAAUGCAUGACCAGACCAAAUGGAGACACAGAGGAGCUUUAGAAGACAAUUUUAUUACACUAGCAGGCUGAUGGGAACCUCAGUUUUCCAAUCAUUUAUGUAUGUUUCCAAAAGAAAGUACAAAAAGACAGAUAGCAUAACAUCCUAUGGUUACACGUGGCUUUGUCAUUUAAUUGCUAGGCCGAAUUCACUCUCGUAUGACACAGAGGAAGAAUCCAUCAUUGUCUGAGACGAGCAGAGAUGGCCUUGCAGGGACAACUCCGGGACACGGAAGGGAUUCACCUCGAAAUUGCCAGGCAAGCACUUAGACCACUGAGCUAAAUCCCAGGACCCCCUACAACGUUUCUUAAAUCUAUGCCAAAAUCAUAUGGCAAAGCUCUGUCUCACGACCCCAUCCUCAAGGGCACUGCUCUCCCCUCCAGCAGCCCCUAUGGCAGUUGGCCUCUCCAAAGGUGGAAAGUUCUGGAAGCACUAGGUAGGCGGAGUGGGGCGGAAUCAUAGCUUCUGAUUGGCUGCAGGGGUGUGCGUGGCAGGCGGGAGCAGGGCCUCUGAUUGGCGGCGGGUGGACGUGUCGAUGUGGGCGUGGCUAACGUCCAAGGCGCCCUGGGCGGUUAUUCUUGUGUCAUUCUCACCUUGAUGCCCCAACGUGAUACACCCCUCCCUGGGCGCCAGGAGAUGGGGCGACCUAGAAAGCAUGGCCACCACCCGCAUCGCUCCUGGGACAUCCGUGGAGCAGCGCGGUGCCCUCGGAGGCCGGGCCCUGCUGUCACGGCGUCUUAAUCUGUGUUCCCCAGAGGCUCAUGAGACAAGCUGCUGCCCGCCCGUAGCUCGCCGUCGCACUGCGUGGAGGCCCGGAAGCUGCCGUCUGCGGAGGCUCCGUGCGGCGCCUCCACGGUCCCCCCAGCCCCCGCUCCUCUCCACGCUGAGGCCUCGCCAUUUACCAUCAGCUUGGAAACCGGGCCCUUCGUGAGGCGCUUGCUGCCUUUCCUGUUCCUUCGGGCUCCGCGCGGCCUUCACCAAGGAGGUCAGCGGGUGGGAGCCCGGCCGGCCACCCCGGCUCCCCCGCGUGGCGCCCCUCCCCAGCGCUGCUGCAGCCGGGCUGAAUAAAGGCUGCUCCGCGA